CUACACUCCAUGCAGGUAGACCCUGCCCUAAGGACCUGAGCUACAGUGCAUCUGACUGCUGUUGGGAGAACUUCUUGCCACAACCUUCAUCUUCAUGCUGCUGUGGUCACUGCUCCUGGUCCUGGCUCCUGCCCCCGUCCAGUCGGACUGGCUGAGCAUUGACAUGCCACACACGGCCUACGAAGGAGACCAGGUGGUUAUACGGUGCUCUGGGGAAGAAAAUAAAGACAUACGGAGACUGAUGUACUACAAGGAUGGGUCUCGCAUAUCUACUUACCACAGUGCCUCAAGCUACACCAUUUCGCACGCCAGACCCAGUGACAGUGGCUCCUAUUAUUGUAAGGCCGAUAGGAAAUAUUUCCUCUUCGUAGAUGUGACAGAAGAAACACGAUCUGUGUGGCUCAGUGUGCAAGAGCUGUUUCCCACACCUAGGCUGACAGCCAGACCCUCCCAGCCCACAGAAGGGAGCUCAGUGACCCUGUCCUGUGACACCCGCCUCCCUUCAGAGAGGUCAAGGACCCAGCUUCACUAUUCCUUCUUCAGAGACGGCCACACCCUGGAGUCAGGCUGGAGCUCAGCAGAGCUUUGGGGCUUAACACUAUGGACAGAAGACUCGGGGUACUACUGGUGUGAGGCCAUGACAGCAUCCCACAGUGUCUCCAGGCGGAGCCCUCAAUCCUAUAUUCACGUGCAGAGGAUCCCUGUGUCUGGAGUGCUCAUGGAGACCCAGCCCCCAGGGGGGCAGGCAAUUGAAGGGGAGACACUGGUCCUCGUCUGCUCUGUGGCUGAAGGCACAGGGGACACCACAUUCUCCUGGCACAGAGAGGACACGGAGAGUCUGGGGAGGAAAACUCAGCGUUCCCAGAGGGCGGAGCUGGAGAUCCCUGUCGUCAGGGAGAGCCACGCGGGGGGAUACUACUGCUCUGCUGACAACAGCUAUGGCUCCGUGCAGAGCGGGGUAGUGAACGUCACCGUGAGAAUUCCAGUGUUGCGUCCUGUCCUUCGCUUCCGUGCUCCCAGCACCCUGGCCCUCCCUGGGGAGGUGGUGGAGCUUCACUGUGAAGAGCAGAGAGCUUCUCCCCCCAUACUCUAUAGGUUUUAUCAUGAAAACAUCACCCUGGGGACCACCUCAGCCCCCUCUGGAGGAGGAGCGUCUUUCUUCCUCUCCUUGACUGUAAAGGACUCUGGAAACUACUCCUGUGAUGCCGACAAUGGCCAGGGACCCCAGCGCAGCAAGGUGGUGGCACUCAAGGUCACAGAGACGCCACCCAAAGUUCGCUUGACGAAUGGUCCCCACCCCUGUGAAGGAAGGGUGGAGGUAGAACAAAAAGGUCGCUGGGGCACCGUGUGUGAUGACGGCUGGGACAUAAAGGACGUGGCCGUGGUGUGCCGGGAGCUGGGCUGUGGAGCACCCAAGCACACGCCUGCGGCCAUGUUGUAUCCACCAGUGGCAGAGGAGGCACAGCCUGUGCUCAUUCAGGUCGCCCUGUGCAACGGGACGGAAGCAGCCCUGGCCGAAUGCGAGCAGGUUGAGCCCUUCGACUGCGGGCAUGAUGAGGACGCAGGCGCAGUGUGUGAAGCAUCCUCACUUAGUAGUUUUUGAAGAUCUGAAGACGGGAGAGCAGCAGACCUCCUAUUUUCCCCCUUUUGGUCUCACAGGCCUGGAUGGUCCCACAACUGAGGAGGGACUUUGAUACUUUACCUGCAGCUCCUCAUCCCCUGAGCAGGACUCUCUCUCUCCUGAGCUCACAUCUCAAUCUGCCUGCGUUACAGGAAAAACACUUCCCAAAGAAGCCAGUUGGUGAGACUGUCCCCCACCUUGGCAUUGUGGCCAGGACCUUGGCUCUUCUAAUCUCUCUUAGAACUGUUGUCCUGGGGAUCUUAGUUAAAGUAUCCCCCAGCAUCUGGGGGACAAAUGAGGAAUAAACUGAUGUGAGCUCUACAUCUGGUCGAAACAUGGACAUAUACAACAGACAAAAUUAAAGAACAUUGAGUGUUUACUUUGAUUUCUAAGGGACUUGGGGAAAAAGUCACUUUUGAAAAAUUUCUUUUGAAAAUACAGUAUUUUGCUAAAUUACAAAUGCAAAACACAUUAGAAAAAGAGACAAAAAAGAAAACAAAAAUCAGCCAAAAUUCUAGUAAGUGACUCUUGUUAAUAUUCUGAUACUUUGGAAAAGUUAUAUAAGGGAAUAAAAGUAACAACAUUUACAUAUUCUUUUUUAAAUUUAUUUUUAUUGAAGUAAAACAGACAUAUAUAAUUUACCAUCUUACCGUUUUUGUGUGUACACUUCAGUGGUAAUAAAUACAUUUUUUCCCCCUUCAUUUUCCCCUUCUCCUUUUCAGCCUCUGGUAACCACCAAUCCACUCUC